AUGCUGGCAGAUUGAAAUAAACCACAGAGGAAGACACACAGCGUGAGGUACACAGACAGACAGACAGUGAAGGACCAGAAGAAGAAUAACAUGGACAUUCAGACGGGUCAGCUGGUGCGUCCUGUCAGUGCCAUGGAGAGUCUGGAGAAGCAGCUCAGCUGUCCGAUCUGCCUUGAGAUGUUCACCAAGCCGGUGGUCAUCCUCCCCUGCCAGCACAACCUGUGCCGCGGCUGCGCCAACGACCUCUACGAGUCCAGGAACCCCUACCACUACUCCGGGGGAACCUUCCGCUGCCCCACCUGUCGCUUCGAGGUGAUUCUGGACCGGCACGGCGUCUACGGGCUUCAGAGGAACCUGCUGGUGGAGAACAUCAUUGACAUCUACAAGCAGCAGCAGGAGAGCCGGGGGGACGACGGCGAGGACCUCCCCCUGAAGGACAAAGACACCAAGGAGCCCAUGUGUAAGGAGCACGUGGAAGAACGCAUCAACAUCUACUGCGUCAGCUGCCAGAUUCCCACCUGCUCCAUGUGCAAGGUGUUCGGCCAGCACAAAGACUGCGAGGUGUCACCGCUGCACGCUGUCUACCAGAGCCAGAAGAAUGAGCUGCGCUCAGCCGUGGAGCUGCUCGCCGCAGGAAACAGCUGCGUCCAGGCCGUCGUGGCCCAGAUGGACGACAUGUGUAAGCUGAUCCAGGAGAACGGAGAGCUGAAGAAGAGGCGGCUGGGCGAGAGCUUCGACCUGCUGUACGCCAUCCUGGAGGAGCGUAAAGGCCAGCUGCUGGAGCAGAUCGGCCAGGUGGAGCAGGAAAAAGUGUCCGCGCUCAGAAAGCUGGCGGAGCAGUACAAGCAGCAGCUGCAGCUCAGCAACCAGCUGCAGGAGAAACUGGCGCAGAGCGUUCAGUCCUGCAGCGCCGCAGAGUUCCUCCUCACCGCCAAGCAGCUGCAGGAGGAGGCCCGGCAGGCAGCCAGCGCGGCCCAGCUGAAGAGGCCCGAGCCGGGCUAUGAGAGCAUGGAGCACCUGAGCCUGGACACCCAGGAGGCCGAGGCCGUGCUCGCUAGAAUGGACUUCAGACAGGGGGACGAGGAGGAAGACCAGGACGCUGACAGAAAGUAACAACAGUAAGAAACCUGUCAGAGGACUCGACGUUGACGAGACGUGCAAUCUUUUGGGAAAGUUUUUUACUUGUGACUUUUUAUACUUUUCUAUUUUUCAAUGUUUUUGUGUCUCGUUCUUCAGACCAAGUCUGGAGAGAGUUACUUUAUUGUCUCUUUGUACAACUGGAAACUUGAACAGCAGUCUCUGCUGUAACUUUUGAAGGUGUGAAUAAAGUUUGAUUUGAUUCUUAA